AUGCAUUCUUCUGGAGAAGAAUCCACAGAGUUCAUCAGAUUCCCCCAGAAGAUUAAGAACCAGACUAAGCCAAAUGUUUCUGCUUCUACGGCUGCAGCUGUCAUCCCUGCCCUGAGCCCCCGUCCCGGCAACCCGGGCCUGCCGCCCCGCGGGGAGCCUCCCGGCCCGGCGCACGAUCCGGCCCCGCAGCGCCGCCGUCCCGCCCGGAGGCCCCGAGGGAGCCGGAGGGUCGCGGGGAGGCCCGGGGUGCUGGGGCAGGGCGCGGCAGCCGCGGGGCCCGCCGGCCCGAGGCCUAGCCGGCUCCCCCCCCCAACAACCCCAAACGCCCGCCCCGGCCCACACCCCCACCCCGGCCCGCGCAGGCCGCGCUGCUCUCCCGGCUCGGGCCCCGGCCGGACCCCCGCCCGCCCGCCCGCCAGCCACCGCCGCCCCGCGCUCGCCGCCCGCCCUGCCUGCGCGGCCCUGCCCGCCGCCCUACGGGAGCCCGGGGAUGUGGGCCGGGCCUGGGGCCGCCUCUGCUUACCUUUCAGCUGCUUUUUUUUUUUUUUCUCCUUCCCCCCUUUUCCCUCGGCCGGGCUGACAGAUCAGAGUGAGAGGCGCUGGCAAUGGACUAGGAAGCUCGGCUGCCGCUGCUACUGCUCCCCCCUGGGCUCCGGCGAGAGCCUUUCCCUGUCAAGCAAGAGGGCCAAGAAGGCAGGGCUGCCGGGGCUGCACAGAAGAGGCAGCAGCCUCCUACAGCACCACUACAGGCACUGCGAGGACAUAACACCAGAGAGCCGCUCCUCUGCCCUCCGAAACGACAACUUUCCUACCAUCUUGGAGGCAGAGGAAAGGGGGGCCGGGGGGAAAAGUGCACCCGCUCCCGAUAAAGUACAAAUUUCUACUUCUCAUCUCUGGAAAAAAGUCCACACCGGCCGUCUACACCGGCGCCUGGGGGAAAAGGCGGGGAAGAAACUGGGGGUGCUUGAGAAACGUUUCAUUUGCACCACGGGGCAAAAUGUUUCUGCAUCUUCUGAUGGAGAGAAAUCUUUACAAGACACAGGUUUUCCGAUCCAAGUUCUGGGGCUGGUGGUCUGUUUAUAAAUUUGUACUUCAAGAGACUUCAUAGCCACUUUAUCUUCAUUUGUCUGUUUGUAUUUUUUUACAUGUAUAUUUACAGGUUGCCUUAUAUAUAAAAAUGUGUGUUAUUUAUUCCCCUCAAAACUGAGAUUGCGAAAAGACAGUUGUAAAGGGAUGUCUUUUGUCUCCUUUUCUCAAAGCAAUGUAAAUAAAACCUAUUGAGUGUCCAGAAAGGCUGGAUACAGCUGUUUAUUUUUCACAGUGCAAAUAAAGGCAGAGAUCAUUGAGAGGUUAAAUACAACUUAAGGGUAACUGACCAGAUUUCUGGAAAUAAUUCUAAUUCUGUUAUGGUCUCCCCAGGAAGAAAGGUUACUGUAAAACUGGAAAUAGAUUUGGAUUUAGCUUUAGAUUUUCUUUAAGACUGCUUAUUAAGAAACUGCUUAUUAGACCUAGAUACUGGAUUUUCCCAUUGGAUUCUUUAGAUCUUUGGUGACUUGCACGUGUUGCUGCCCACUUUCUGUGUCACAGAAUGGGAAAAUGUGUGUUUUUGUUCAAGUUGCUGUGUUAGUUUAUAACUUCCAAUGUGCUGCCGGCCUCUAUAAAUUACUUUUAAUAUAUUGCAGUGGAUGUCACGGGUCUACUUUUUUUAAUGAGCAAAGCUUCGUAGGUAAGUGGGAUCAAAGUUGCACAAAGCUGAGGUAGCACAGAGGUGAGAGAAGGGAUCCGCCCCCUUGCAACAAUUCCCACAGAACUCUUAUUGGAGGAGAAUAAAUUCCAGAGAUAUUUUUCUAUUUUUGCCAAGAAAGGGGAGAGUACCCAAAAAUGACUAAAGGAUCUUUUUGUGGGUUCUACUGGGAAUGAUGAAUUGAAUCUUAGACUAAAAGUUAUUUUUCUGACAUAUGUUUGCUAACCUAGUGGGAAUAGAUUUGUAAUAUUAGUGCCUCGAAUCAGCAGAAUAUUUAAUUUCUUUCAUUUAAAAUGUAUUGCAAAGCACUUAGAAAUAACUGAUGACUCCACUUAAAAAUGUUUCUUCUUUUGAGCGUCCAAAUUUAGAAAUUCCCAUAAUGUUAAAGUGAGUUCAGAUAAUGCAUAUAUCAAAUACUUAUUAUUUUCAUGUUUAUCUUUAUCAUCUUUACCAUCUUUAUCAUCUAAAUUUGAAUACAGUACCUGAAUAGUCUGGGUUUUCUUUUGUGGGCUUUU